GCCGGUUUGUUCCCGUGGUCGGAGGACAUUCCGGCCGGUUCGGUCGGACGCGGAGUCCUCCCGGCGGUGCGCAUCGCCUUGGAUCACGUCAACAAUGACACGCGCAUCAACCGGAAGUACACACUUAAAAUGGCGUACAACGACACACGGGUGAGUCUUGGUGUG